UCAUGCUGCUGCCAGGUCCACAGUGUCUCAUGGGUCCCUGUACGGCCUCCCAUUGCUGCUGUCUCCAUCGCCACACUCUGCCAUGUGCCACUUUCAGGUCUCCUCACACUGCUGGUGUGUUCCAUUUUUUGUCAUAGGGUGCUGGCAGAUUACGGGCCUCCCAUAGCUGCUGCCAGGCCCCUAAUCUGCCAUGGGCCCCUAUACCGCCUCCUCAUGCUGCUGCCAGGUCCAGAGUCUCUCAUGGGUCCCUGUACGGCCUCCCAUUGCUGCUGUCUCCAUCGCCACACUCUGCCAUGUGCCACUUUCAGGUCUCCUCACACUGCUGGUGUGUUCCAUUUUUUG